AUGUUCAUGACCAGAUCCGAAUACGACCGAGGCGUCAACACCUUCUCCCCUGAGGGGCGAUUGUUCCAAGUCGAAUAUGCUAUGGAGGCCAUCAAGCUUGGUUCCACAACGGUCGGCAUCACAACGUCGGAGGGAACCGUGCUUGCAGUAGAGAAGCGUGUCCCUUCCCCCCUCCUCGAAUCAUCCUCCAUCGAGAAGAUCAUGGAGAUUGACUCUCAUGUCGGCUGUGCCAUGUCAGGUCUUACUGCCGACGCCCGAACCAUGGUAGAACACGCCCGGGUGACAAGUCAAAUGCACGCCUUCACCUACGACGAGCCGAUCGGUGUCGAAAGCUGUACGCAGGCCGUCUGUGACUUGGCGUUGAGAUUCGGAGAGAGUGUGGAAGACGAUGACGCGUUGAUGUCCCGACCGUUUGGUGUUGCGCUUCUGAUUGCUGGUAUAGAUGAGAAGGGUCCUCAACUCUUCCACACCGACCCCUCUGGUACCUUUGUCCGUUACGAGGCCAAGGCCAUCGGAUCCGGUUCUGAAGCUGCCCAGCAAGGGCUCCAAGACGCUUACCACAAGCAAAUGACCCUGGCCGAGGCUCAAACCUUGGCGUUGAAGGUCCUCAAGCAGGUGAUGGAGGAGAAGCUGGACGAGAACAAUGUCCAGCUUGCUCAGGUGACUCGGGAGCAAGGAUUCAAGAUUUUGACAGAGGAAGAAUUGAAGGGUGUCAUCACCACCAUUCCCGCCUAG